AUGUCGACAACCACAACCCCGGAGGCGGCCGCCGCGCCCAAGCUCGAGAAGAAGCCCAUCAAGUUCAGCAACCUGCUGCUGGGCGCGGGAUUGAACUUGUUUGAAGUCACCUCGUUGGGACAGCCGCUGGAAGUGAUCAAGACAACCAUGGCUGCAAACCGGGGCGACAGCUUUGCCGGUGCUAUGGCUCGGAUUUGGGGUCGUGGCGGGAUCCUUGGUUACUAUCAGGGACUCAUUCCGUGGGCCUGGAUUGAGGCCUCCACCAAGGGCGCGGUCCUUUUGUUCGUUGCCUCCGAAGCCGAGUAUUACGCUAAGACCUUCGGUGCCAACGACUUCAUCGGAGGCAUCACCGGUGGUAUGGCCGGUGGUGUCGCCCAGGCCUAUGCGACCAUGGGUUUCUGUACCUGCAUGAAGACGGUUGAGAUCACCAAGCACAAGAUGGCUGCUCAGGGUGUCAAGCCUCCAAGCACCUUUGCUACCUUCAUGGACAUCUACCGCAAGGAGGGGAUCCGGGGUAUCAACCGUGGUGUCAAUGCAGUGGCCAUUCGCCAGACCACCAACUGGGGAUCCCGCUUCGGUCUCUCCCGUCUGGCCGAGUCUGCCAUCCGCAGUGUUACCGGCAAGGAUGAUAGCCAGAAGCUGUCUCCAUGGGAGAAGGUCCUUGCUGCGGGUCUCGGUGGUGGUCUUUCUGCCUGGAAUCAACCUAUUGAGGUCAUCCGUGUUGAGAUGCAGAGCAAGACUGAUGACCCCAACCGUCCUAAGAACUUGACUGUCGGCAAGACCUUCAAGUACAUCUACAGUAACAGUGGCAUCAAGGGCCUUUACCGGGGUGUGACUCCCCGCAUUGGCCUGAGUGUCUGGCAAACCGUCUGCAUGGUUGCUCUUGGUGACUUGGCCAAAGAAGCAGUCGAGAAACUGACCGGCGAGACUGUUACCGCUAAGCAUUAG